AUGGGCAAGCAUGAGAAGGGCACGCCGAAGGAAAUCGCCAACCGCUCCAAGAUCAAGGGCAUGCAGAAAUUGAAAUUUUACUGCGAAAUGUGUCAAAAACAAUGCCGCGACGCCAACGGCUUCAAGUGCCAUCUGACCAGCGAGGCGCAUCAGCGACAACUGCUGCUGUUUGCCGAAAACUCAGACCGGUACAUCAGCGAGUUCAGCGGCGAAUUUUUACGGGGAUUCAUGCAGAUUCUAAAAAGUCAAUACGGGACGCGACGCGUGCGUGCCAAUGAAGUCUACCAGUCCUACAUCAAGGACCGAAAUCACAUUCACAUGAACUCGACGAUGUGGCAUACAUUGACCGGUCUCGUACAAUGGCUAGGGAACAAGGAGAAGUGCAAAAUCGACCUUGGGGAUAAAGGCUGGUACAUCCAAUACAUCGACCACGAGUCGGAGAACCGGAAGCAAGACGAGGAAAAGAAAGUGAAACAAGAGCUGGACGAUGAGCAGAAGCAGCAGGACAUCAUCGAGGCCCAAAUUAAUCGCGCUCGCGAGGUCCAUGGCGAGCAGGAGUACACGGAGAGCACCGAGUUGGUCCGCAAUGAGGACGAGAAGAUCGAGCUGGCCCUGAACUUGAAUAAGAAGCCGACGUUAGAGGCCCUGCAAAAGCCCUUCGUUCAACUCGGCGCCAACGCGCUGGAGCGAGCGCGCGUGAAAAAGGAGCAGCCCGAAGACCGAUGGGGGCGGCGGAGGAGCCGCAGCAGAAGCCGCAGUCCGCAUGGCCCUUCCACAUCCCGGGGCAAGGAGCGGACCAAGAAAUCGGCGUUGGACGAGAUCAAGGAAAUGGAGGAGCGCCGAAAGGAGAAAGCAAAUCGCAAGGACUAUUGGCUGUGCCCGGGGAUUGUCGUCAAGAUUGUGACGAAAAAAUUGGGUGAAGAUUAUUACAAGGCGAAGGGGACGGUGAGGGAGCUCGUCGACGACUACACGGCCAAGGUGAAGGUGGAUGAUGUCGUUCUAAAGCUGGACCAGGCGCACGUGGAGACGGUGAUUCCGCAAGUGGGCCGUGAGAUGAUGAUCGUCAACGGCGCGUAUCGAGGCUCGAAGGCCACUCUACUCGAAAUCGACCAAGAAGCCUUCGCCGUCCACCUCAAGCUGUCCAGCGGCCUGUGUAAGGGACGCGAGAUCACGGUGCCCUAUGAAGAUGCCUCAAAACUCGCCGCC